AUGCCUUCACCUGCUCAGCUUCAAGGCGGACAAAUGUCUCGACAAACCACGUCGCUUUACACACAAGACCAGCUGUCUCCAAUAACUUCACCUAUUGAAGCCCAACCGACGUCUAUCCACGAUACAAUGAGCCCCACAUCUGCAGCUACCCUAGGACAACAAUACCGCGACCAACUUUUCGCCCAGUGUGCUCUCGGAAACCAUGAGAAGACGACGCGCUACGGGAUUUGUGGAAUCAUCUCUUCCAUUGUGUUAUUCCCGUUGGGUUUGAUUUGCCUCUUCAUCGAUAAGGAGAAGAAGUGCGCGCGUUGCGGUGUCAGUCUGAAGACGAAGUGA